CACAGAAUGGAGAAGUUAUCGAUGAGAUCAAAAAAGAAAAGGCGUUGUUAGAGGGAUAUUUAAAUGGGAUGGAGCAGUUUGAUCAAAUAACUCAAAUUGAACUGGAAGACUCACAGGCUGAAAACAAGAACCUUCUGAAUCAAAUUGACGAGAUUACAAAACACGCUGAGGCAGAAAAGUUUGAAUUGAAAAUUCAACUAGAAGAGUCUGUUAAAGAACGGGAGUUAUUGGAGCGACUCGAAAAUGUAAGAAUGGAAGAACUGCGUGAGUUGAAAAUUCAAAAGUCUGACUUGGAGAAAAGAUUGUUAGUUAUGUCUUAUGAGGAAAUAUCAAAACAAAAGACGGACCAGUUAUUUCAACUCAAAAUAACUCAAAUUGAACUGGAAGAGGUACAGGCUGAAAACAAGAACCUUCUGAAUCAAAUGGCACAGAUUACAAAACAUGCAGAGGCAGAAAAGUUUGAAUUGAAAAUUCAACUAGAAGAGUCUGCAAAAGAACGUCAGUUAUUGGAGCGACUCGAAAAUGUAAGAAUGGAAGAACUGCGUGAGUUGAAAAUUCAAAAGUCUGAAUUGGAGAACAGAUUGUUAGUUAUGUCUUAUGAGGAAAUAUCAAAACAAAAGAUCGCUGAUCUUGAAUUAGAGAAUGCUGCCAUAAUAGAUAGUCAUAAAGAUUUUAUUUGGAGAAGUAAACAGGAAAGCCGUGCCUUAAGAGAAGAGUUAUAUCGUAUAGAGAGACAACAGAUUGUUGACAGAGAACAGUGUGAAAACGAUAUAAGAAGGAUGAAUAACACCAAGCACGGACAUGCUGUUUAUAGACUAUACACUCACCACACAAAG